CUGGGACUAGCCUGGACUGGCUUCCCUAGAGCUGUUCCUGCGCAGGCGCGGCGGUGCGGGCUGCCAGAGAGAGCCCUGGACCACGGUGGCAGCAGCUGAGGGUCUCUUGGCCACCUGGGCAGGGUUCUAGAGGGUGCUCGAAGCUGCCACAUCCCUCUGUGUUAGCCAGGGAGUUUGGUCCCUCCCAAAGGAACAUAGCCUCAGUGCUAGGCCAUGGCCGUGCUCCUGACCCCGCAGGAACCAGUUGACCUCCUGAUAGUGAAGCUGGAAGCAGACAUUCCAGGGCAUGAAGAAUUCUUCCUAGAAGGACACAAGCCUGCCCCUGGGCCCCCCGGGCAGUGCUUCGGGACAGGACCCAGAGAUGCCUGGGAAAGAGCAGGACCCAGGCCAGAGCCAACUUUAUCUGCUGUGCCUGAGAGGACAGGCACAUGGGCAAAGGCACCGCUUCAUCCAGGCCACAGCCUUCCUUUCCAGGAUGCUGCUCUUCAUCGGGAGGGAAUCCCAGAAGAAGAAAGGCCUCUGACAGCUGGAUCCCAGGAAUCCGUGGCAUUCCAGGAUGUGGCCGUGGACUUCACCCAGGAGGAGUGGGGCUACCUAGUCCCUUCUCAGAGGGAGCUCUACAGGGAGGUGAUGCUGGAGAACUACAGGAACCUGGUCUUCCUGGGACUUGUGGUUUCCAAACCUGACAUCAUCUGUCGUCUGGAACAAAGGACAGAACCGUGGAACCUACAGGGUGCUGACAAGAGAAAAGUCCCAAGAGGGGCCUGCCCAGACUCAGAGAGCCGGCCUGUGGCCAAGGCAUCAACUCCAAAGCAGAGAGUUUCUCAAGAAAGCUCUUUCCAGGGGCUGAUAAUGGAAAGACUCCCACGGAAUAGUCCCUUGUACUCCAAGUUUAGGGGUAGAAAAGCCAGAGAAAGUGAGGGCAGUUUAAACAUAAAGCAGGGAAGUCAGGGGAAACCAUAUGAAUGUAGUGAAUGUGGGAAAGGAUUUAUUUACUGCUCUGAGCUCAUUCGACACUGGAGAAUUCAUACAGGAGAGAAACCUUAUAAAUGCAAUGAGUGCGAGAAAACCUUCAGAUAUUGCUCAUCCCUCACUCAGCACCAGAAAAUUCAUAUUUUAGAGAAACCCUUUGAAUGUAGCAAAUGUGGGAAAGCCUUUAGUGAUAACUCUACCCUCCUUCGACAUCAGAAAAUUCAUAAUGUGGAGAAGACAUUCAAAUGUAAUGAAUGCGGGAAAUCUUUUAGCUACUGCUCGGCCUUGAUCCGACAUCAGAGAAUUCACACUGGGGAGAAGCCCUAUGAAUGCAGUGAGUGUGGGAAGACCUUUGGGUACUGCUCAUCCCUAAUUCAGCAUCACAGAAUCCAUACUAUAGAAAAACCCUAUAAGUGUGAUGACUGCGGAAAAGCCUUUACCGAUAGCGCAAACCUUCUCCGACAUCAGAGAGUUCAUAACGUGGAGAAACCCUAUAAAUGUAACGAAUGUGGGAAGUCCUUCAGUUACUGCUCCGUCUAUAUUCGACAUCAAAGAAUUCACACUGGAGAGAAGCCUUAUGAAUGUAGUGAAUGUGGGAAAUCCUUCAGCCACAGCACGUGCCUUACCCAGCAUCAGAGAACUCACACUGGAGAGAAGCCGUACGAAUGCAGCGAAUGCGGGAAAGCCUUCAGCCAGAACUCAUCCCUUUAUUAUCACCAGAGAGCACAUACUGGAGAGAAACCAUACAAAUGCAACGUAUGUGGGAAAGCUUUCAGUUACAACGCAUCCCUCACCCAACACAAGCAAACGCACACUGGAGAGAAGCCCUAUGAAUGUAGGGAGUGUGGGAAAACCUUCAGUCGAAGAACAUACCUUACUGAGCAUCAGAGGAUCCAUGCUACCGAGAAACUCUUUGAAUGCAAUGAAUGUGGAAAGUCCUUCAGCCAGCACUCAUCCCUUGCUGAACAUCAAAGAUUUCAUACCGGAGAGAAACCCUAUGAAUGUAGUGAAUGCGGAAAAGCCUUCAGCCGGAGCACAUUCCUUACUCGUCAUCAGCAAACGCAUAGUGGAGAGAAGCCCUAUGAGUGCCAUGAAUGUGGGAAAGCCUUCAGCCAGAGACAGUCCCUUUAUUACCAUCAGAGAACCCACACUGGAGAGAAACCAUAUGCAUGUAAUGACUGUGGGAAAUCUUUCAGCCGGAGCACAUUUCUUACUCAGCAUCAGAGAAUUCAUACUGGCGAGAGACCAUAUGGCUGUGAUGAAUGUGGGAGUACCUUCAGCUGGAGCACAUGCCUUACCAAACACCAGAGAAUCCAUACUGGUGAGAAACCUUUUGAGUGUAAUGAAUGUGGGAAAGCUUUUAGCCAGAAAUCAUCCCUGUGUUACCAUCAGAGGACUCAUACUGGAGAGAAGCCCUAUUUGUGCAGUGAAUGUGGGAAAGCCUUCAGGUAUUAUUCAGUCCUUACUCAGCAUCAACAAAUUCACACUGGAGAGAAGCCUUAUGAAUGCAGUGUUUGUGGGAAAGCCUUCAGCCAGAAUUCCUUCCUCACUCAGCAUCAGAGGAUUCACACUGGAGAGAAACCCUAUAAAUGCAGUAACUGUGGGAAAGCCUUCAGCCAAAGGGCCUCCCUGUAUUACCACCAGAGAAUUCACACAGGGGAGAGACCUUAUGUUUGUGGUGAGUGUGGAAAGUCCUUCAGCUACUGCUCAGUCCUUAAUCAGCAUCAACAAAUUCACACUGGAGAGAAGCCUUUCGAGUGCAGUGUCUGUGGGAAAGCCUUCAGCCAGAAUUCCUUCCUCACUCAGCAUCAGAGGAUUCACACCGGAGAGAAACCCUAUGAAUGCACCGAAUGUGGGAAAACCUUCAGGUACUGCUCAGCCUUUAUUCAACACCAGAAAACUCAUACAGGAGAGAAACCUUACAAAUGUAAGGUAUGUGGGAAAGCUUUCAGUUACUGUACCUCCCUGUCUCAACAUCAUCAAACUCACACUGGUAAGAAGCCCUAUCAGUGCAAUGAAUGUGGGAAAGCAUUCAGCUACAGCUCAUCCCUUACCCACCAUUUAAGAACUCACACUGGAGAAAAGCCCUAUCGAUGCAAUGAGUGUGGGAAAUCCUUCAGCUAUAGCUCAUCUCUCACAGAGCAUGUCAAAACCCAUACUGGAGAGAAGUCUUAUGAGUGCAAGGAAUGUGGGAAAUUCUUCAGGUGGCGUUCAUCCCUCAUCAAACACAAGACUUCUCACAAGAGAAUAACCCUUGGAGUGUAAGGCUUGUUGAGAAAAGCUUAGGCCAAACUCAUCUCUUUAUCAAAUAGCCAAGCACCAAACUCUCACCAGCUGUGGCACCUCUGCCAGCCUCCAGUCUCACAUCUCCAAUGGCCUUUCAGACAUCUCAAACAAGACGUCCAGUAGACAUCUGAAAUCACUGUGUCCAAAAAUGACCUCAUCAUCUUUACCCUGGACUCUUCCCGCCUCCUACCUUCCCUGUCACUGUAGAGGACAACACCACCCUCCUAGUGCCUCAGGCUUCCAGCCGAGGAUGGCUCUUCACUCCCUCUCACCCCUCCCCAUAUCCAAGCUCUUGCCAAGGCCUCUAAUUUUACCUUUUCAGCAUCCCUUCUCUCCUCUGACAUAGCCACCCGCCUUUUAUAAGCCCCCACCACCUCACACCUGGAUUAUGUCAAUAGUCUGGGGGCGGGGGGGAGGCUGCCUGCCUCUAGUCUCUCCCCACUUCAGUCCAUCCUCCAUACAGCCGCCAAAAUGAUUUUCCUAAAGUACAGAUCAACCGUAUCGCCAUCCCACUAGGUGAACUCCGGUGGCCUCCAGGAGCAAACACGAAAUGUUCUGUUUGGCCGUCAGCGUCGUUCAUAACCUAGCUCCCUCCCUCCACCUUUCCAGUCUUCUUGUGCCCUAGUCCCCAACACAUUCUCUUCAAUCCAGUGACACUGGCCUGCUUGCUGUUCCAUGAACAAGACAAAAGAUUCUCCAUGUCUCAGCUCUUGGCAUUCUCUCUAGCUGUCCCCUCUGCCUGGAACACUCUCCCUCUGCUUGGACUACUGACCUCCCUGGCUUCCCACCUAAAAUCCCACUUUCUAUAGGAAGCCUUUUCCUAGUCCAUCUUGA